AUGCUUAAGGACCCCGCGGCCAUCGUGCUGCCAUCCAUGAGCCUCGUGCAGCUGCGGCAGGUGCUCAAGGACAAGCGCAUCAAGCGGCUGCUCGCCAGCCCUCCCCCACCAAAGGCAAAGGCAGCAUCCAAGAAACGCUGCCGGCCCGACAAAGGCGACGAUGUUGGUGGUGUGUGUGAUGGUGAGGGUGAGGGUGCGGCGGAUGGGGGGAAGCAGCAGGGGCCCAUCGCAAUCAAAACCAUCCAGGUAUGUAGAUGGGCACAAAGCGUCACCGUUGGCCAUCGCACAUGGACGCCAUCAUGAAUUGCACGAAUACAGGAGGUGUUGGGUUGUGAGAUUGUGUUGAAGGCCGAGUACGAGAAGGUGCCUGAGGUGCCUUUGCCUGCAUCCGCUGCAAUCAUGGACCCUAUACUCGCCUUCUUGCAAGACGCCACCACAGCCACCACGGCCAGCCCCGCCUCCACACAGCAGACCACCCUCCCCGUCGCCACACAGGCCGCCGUCCAGCAACAGCCGCAGCCCAAUAAAGAUGCCGACACGCUCCACACAUACGACCUCGGUACACACGCAUCCACACACUCCCACCGUCUGCCGCAGGCUGUAUGUGUUGUGUUGUGCAGUUGAGUUGACGUUCUCCUGUGAGAUUGGGGCGGGCAGCGGUCCCCUGCUGCUGCAGCGCACCCUCACGGUGUGGGCGGGGUUCUGCCUCUACUCGCUGCACCGCGCCAUGCUGCUGGCUCUUCAGUAUGAGGUGGGUGGGGUGAGAUGA